CCUUGGCCUUCUUGGUUUGCAGCUUCACGGCCGCUAGCAGCAAGGCCUACUGCAGCAUGGCCACUCCUAAGCGGUUUCCGACGCUCGUACAGCUGGAACAGAGAGAAGGGACGCUAUUCGAGGUGCUCGGUAACCUCACCAAGCGACCCUAUUGGUUCCACUCCGAGUACCUGAAGAGUCCGAAGGCUGUUCACCUCGAGGCGUGGCUGGUGGAGGCGAUCUUCGGUCGGGGAGGAGAGCACAUACCACACGUCGAGUGUGUGUCACAAACCCUGCUUCACGUUAAUCAUUGGGACCCCGAGGGCGAGGCUGAGAUCUUGAUAUUUGGUCGGCCCUAUUACCAGGAAGAUGUAUCCAAGAUGAUCAUGAAUUUGGCUGACUAUCAUCGCCAACUCCGGGCACAAAGCUCAGAGAAGGCCCCUGCCCAGGAUGUAGGGACGCAGCGGUCCCCCGACGCUGUCCCGGGGACGGGGACCCAGAGCUCUCCAAAGUCUGUCCGGGAGGCGGCGACCCAGCGGUCCGACGACGCAGCUCCGCAGGUGGCGAGCCAGAGCUCUCCGAAGUCUGUUCAGGAGGCGGCGACCCAGAGAUCCCCCCACGCUGCCCGAGAGGUGGCGACCCAGAGCUCUCCGAAGGCUGUCCGGGAGGCGGCGACCCAGCAGGACCCCAAUGCUGUCCGGGAAGCGGAGACCCAGCAGGACCCCAAUGCUGCCCAGGAGGUGGCAACCCAGAGCUCUCCGAAGGCUGUCCGAGAGGCGGCGACCCAGCAGGACCCCAGCGCUGUCCGGGAGGCGGCGACCCAGCAGGACCCUGGCGCUGUCCGCGAGGCGGCGACCCAGCGUUCCCCCGGCGCUGUCCGGGAGGCGGCGACCCAGCAGGACCCCGGCGCUGUCCGGGAGGCGGCGACCCAGCGUUCCCCCGGCGCUGUCCGGGAGGCGGCGACCCAGCAGGACCCCGGCACUGUCCGGGAGGCGGCGACCCAGCGUUCCCCCGGCGCUGUCCGGGAGGCGGCGACCCAGCAGGACCCCAGCGCUGUCCGGGAGGCGGCGACCCAGCGUUCCCCCGGCGCUGUCCGCGAGGCGGCGACCCAGCGUUCCCCCGGCGCUGUCCGCGAGGCGGCGACCCAGCGUUCCCCCGGCGCUGUCCGGGAGACGGCGACCCAGCUUUCCCCCGGCGCUGUCCGCGAGGCGGCGACCCAGCAGGACCCCGGCGCUGUCCGGGAGGCGGCGACCCAGCGUUCCCCCGGUGCUCUCCUGGAGGCGGCGACCCAGCGUUCCCCCGGCGCUGUCCGGGAGGCGGCGACCCAGGACCCCGGCGCUGUCCGCGAGGCGGCGACCCAGCAGGACCCCGGCGCGGUAGGCGAGGCGGCAACCCAGCGCUCCCUGGAUGCUACCUAGGGCCCAGUUACCAGGUUAUGAAAGAACUUCGGGCCCGGAAGCAGAAGUCUGGCAAGGUUGAAGUGGAAGAUCUUACUGGAGCUCUGUUCACCUAAGUCCUGAUUCUUGCUGCAGAGCUGGGGAAAGAAUGGUGUGGGUAGUUCUUGGUCCCUCCCCCAUGUUAAAUGUUUACAAACACUGAUCUAAAGAAUCCUAAUAAAGAAUUGAAUUUC